GCCCGCCUGGCGGCAUCUGUGAUCGCCGCGGCUCUUCGGAGAAACGGCUUCCGCGGCGCAUCUUGCAGCAACAACCGUCAAUAGAGAUAGAUUUCAGUAGCAAUCAAAACCAGUUUCCUGGCUGUGAACUCUAGUGGAAACGGAUUGCCUUUAGAAGUUGUGGGUACUCCGUCCCUGGAGGCUUUUCAGAAAAGACUGGGCAGCCAUUUUGAGCGGCUGGCGGACAGAUGGACGACAGUGAGGAAACCGUCGACCUGAAGACUCCCGGAUUCCUGGAACCGUGUGUUUCCUUCCUGGAAGCAGCCCCUGACAUUUCGGGUUUCCGCAAAGUAGAAGGGAUCUGUGAGAUCCAACACGGAUCGGUGGGUCUGCCCAGCAUGAUCCCUGUGCUGGAAGAAGGCCAUCCCGUCGUCGAAGGGACGUCUUACAUAUGCUCUGAUUGCGGGAGGAGUUUCUGCAGCAUCUCCAGCCUGAUCAACCAUCAAAAGCGAAACCACUCGGGGGAAAAGCCCUACAAGUGCGCAGACUGCGGGAGGAGCUUUCAUCAGAGCUCGGAUCUCGUGAAACACGAGAGGAUCCACACAGGAGAGAAGCCCUAUAAGUGCACUGUGUGCGAGAAGCGGUUCAACCAACGCUCCUACCUGAUCGUACACGAACGCUUCCACACGGCGGAGAAGCCGUACAAGUGCUUCCUCUGUGGGAAAAGUUUCUGCUCCAACGCCCACCUCAUGACCCACCAGAGGACCCACACGGGGGAACGGCCCUAUCAGUGUCCCGAGUGCGGGAAGCGUUUCACCACCAGCUCCAACUUCGUCAACCACAAAAAGACCCACACGGAAGAAAAACCUUACAACUGCUCCCUCUGCGAGAAGAGCUUCAAGCGCAGCUCGAACCUGAUCCAGCACGAGAGGACCCACACGGGCGAGAAGCCGUAUACCUGUCUCACGUGCGGGGAGAGUUUCGCGUCCAAUUCGGGCCUCGUGAAACACCAGCGGAGCCACACGGGGGAGAGGCCUUACAAAUGCUCGUACUGCGGGAAGUGUUUCAGCCAGAGCAUGAUCCUCACCCAGCACGAGAGGACUCACACGGGCGAGAAACCCUGCAAAUGCCCGGCCUGCGGGAAAAGCUUUCGCUCCAGCUCGGAUCUCGUGAAGCACAAAAGGAUCCACACGGGGGAGAAACCCUACAAAUGCUCCCUGUGUGGGAAAAGCUUCACCACCAGUUCGGAUGUGGUGAAGCAUGAACGGACCCACACGGGAGAGAAGCCUUACAAAUGCGGCACUUGUGGGAAAAGCUUCAGCCAGAGCGCGCACCUCAUGCAGCACCAGAGAAUCCACACGGGGGAGAAACCCUACUCCUGUCUGAUUUGCGGCAGGUGUUUCACCUGCAGCGCGCACUUAGUGGUCCACAAACGGACCCACAAAGACGGGGAGGUGUUAAAAGUAUAACCGUAGGUGUUGUCUCAUGCUGGUGGCUUGCAUUUACUAGCAGGCCUGCUCUGUGUGUGUGUGUGUGAGGGAGAGACAGACAGAGCCAAGAUGCUAUCCGGAGACAAAACUUAAUCCCAAGUUUUGUCUGCUGCCACGAAGCCAGAUAUCUCUAAACCUAACUAGAAUCCAGAAUAGAGGACGAUAGGAAAAAAUGACCUUAGUAAUGGGUCUGUUUUUAUUAUGCAUG